GGUCACCAUAGGCUCCACGACUAACUUGGCUUACUAGAUGACCUUGUGUCUCUUGAUUACUUACUUAUAAAGUGAUAGCAAACAAACUCACACAAAAAAACCCUUGCCAUGGAGUCAGUUCCAACUCAUAGCGACCCUAUAGGCCGAGUAGAACUGCACCAUAGGGUUUCCAAGGAGCAGCUGGUGGAUUCGAACUGCCAACUUUUUGGUUAGCAACCAAGCCCUUAAUCACCGCACCACCAGGGCUCCAAAAUGAUAGCAGUUUAUUUAAUUCCAAGUUCAGAGUGUAAUUGACUCUCUAAUAUAUGCCGAGUCCUGAGGUCUGUGCUAAGAGUGGUUCCAAGUAAGAGUAAGAUAUGGUGUACCCUUAAAGGGUAGGGAGAAAACCAUUACAUACUACAGAGUGUGAUAGCCCUGUAAGGGAAGCAUAGAGGGAGUGAGGACUUCUGAUUCAGAAAGACUUCAUAGAGGAUGAGAUAUUUGCUUUUAGGCUUUGUGGGAUUUGUAUGAAUUAAACUGUAGAGUUGGAGUGGGAGAGAACAUUCCUGGCAAAGGGAACUUUUUGGGCAUAACUGGGGAGUGAACCCUGCCCAAGGCCUGUAACUUGGGGUUAGUGAGGGAGUUUAAUGUAAUAUGUAACAUGGAGGAGACAACUAGAAGUGAAUGAAUGAGAUCAUGUUUAAACUCUAGUAAAUGUGGCUUAUGAUGGUAGGGAUCCUUCUCAAGAUUCUUAUCCAAUAUAGGCUGAUGUAGUUAGGGAAGCAGUGUAAACCAGAACUGCCUUGCUAAUAAUUAUCAUUGCAGAAACUCUACUCUUUUCAGACAUUUAGUUUUUCAAGGUUACCCUAGUUUUUGGUUUUAAGAAUGCUUUAAAGUCUGUUUUAAGAACAGAAAAUAUUUUUUUCAGACACAGCUGUCUACUGAUGAUACAAAGUUGUGCCUUCUUGAGGUCCCACUCUACCAUGGUGAAAAGAGCAGCUACUUUCUCAGAAUAUAUUGCCAUGUGGUCAAUCCAAGAUUAGUAAUUCAGAUUUCUUCAUUAGGUUGACACCUAGUUGUGUAAGCUUCAGUAAGUAAGUACAUUUUUGUUUGCCAUUCUUGUUUUGCAUUCAGCUAGCUUUUACCUGGAUGGAAUUCCAAUUUUACAGUCCAGAAAAUGAACUUGGGUAGAUUAUUGAGCUCUCCCCCAACCCCUUAUGAAUGAAUUCAGGGCUGCUGCAUAGCAGCUGCAACACUCAGCAUGUACUCGAUCAUUUAUUCAACAAACAUGUCUUAAUGACCUCUGUAUGCUAGAAAUCAGGGAUACAAAGACUGGGUUACUCAGUCUAAUUAUGCCGUGGGAAGUAUACACAAGCGUUCCUGUGAAUCUAGAGAAUGUGAUUAAAUCAGAAAAGGAGGAGAGGAAGGGGCAUUGAGUACAGCUUAGUAAGGAGGCAAGAUCCCGCAGUUUACUCAUUUUAGCUGGGUGUUGAAAUAUAAAUAGGAGUUACCCACGCAAAAAAGAUACAUAGGACAUUCUAAGCAAAGGAAGCAUGUGCAGUGGAUUGGUAUUUUUAAAGGGAAUUAUAUAUUUGGAGGAGAAAAUAUUUCUAUCUGACGAGAGGCUAGAGGGAGCACAGGUGAGAGAAGAUACCAGUCAGGUGUGUUGGGCCAGAUCAUGAAGGGCUUUAAAUGACCUGAUAAAGAGGUGGUGGACUCUUCUAUCAGACGGGAUCCAUGACAGGUUUUAAAGCACAGGAGUGACAUGGCAAAGAUUAUGUUUUCUUUUUAUUAAAAAAAAAAGUUGGACUUUGUGAAAAAACAAUAAUGCAAUAUAAGUAACUGGUUAAUACGUGGAGAAUAAUAUGGAAGAAAUGGUGAUAUAGCUAAAAUCAUCUUAUUUAUGUACCCUUCCCUAAGAAGAUGGUCUCUUCAUAGAAAGAUAGCACUCAGAGUUGAUCAGGUGCAAACAGUGCUUUCUCACCCCUCAGGGAGCUGCUUUAAUCCCCUGAAGAGCUGGAAUGAACUAGAAACUCUGACCUCUUCCAGGUCUCACCAGUGUUGUUUAUCUCAAAGCUGGAUGUGAGUGAGCACUCACUGAUUUCCAAUUUCUCAUCCAUGGCCUGCUUAUCCUUUUCUUUUAGCUGGAAGAGUCUAACAGGAUGAUGGGAGGAACUCCCAAAUGUUACCCAGAAAAUGGACCCAAGCGGGGUCAAAGUGCUGGAAACAGCAGAGGACAUCCAGGAGAGACGCCAGCAGGUCCUGGACCGCUACCACCGCUUCAAGGAGCUCUCAACCCUUAGACGUCAGAAGCUUGAAGAUUCCUAUCGAUUCCAGUUUUUCCAAAGAGAUGCUGAGGAGUUGGAGAAAUGGAUUCAGGAGAAACUUCAGAUUGCAUCUGAUGAAAAUUAUAAAGACCCAACCAACUUGCAGGGAAAGCUUCAGAAGCACCAAGCCUUUGAAGCUGAAGUGCAGGCCAACUCCGGAGCCAUUGUUAAGCUGGAUGAAACUGGAAACCUGAUGAUCUCAGAAGGGCAUUUUGCAUCUGAAACCAUAAGGACUCGUUUGAUGGAGCUGCACCGUCAGUGGGAAUUACUUUUGGAGAAGAUGCGGGAGAAAGGAAUCAAACUGCUGCAGGCCCAGAAAUUGGUGCAAUAUUUACGAGAAUGUGAGGAUGUGAUGGACUGGAUCAAUGACAAGGAAGCAAUUGUGACUUCUGAGGAGCUGGGCCAGGACCUGGAACAUGUGGAAGUUUUACAGAAGAAAUUUGAAGAGUUUCAAACCGAUAUGGCUGCCCAUGAAGAGAGAGUUAAUGAAGUGAACCAGUUUGCUGCCAAACUCAUUCAGGAACAGCACCCAGAAGAGGAACUGAUCAAGGCUAAACAGGAUGAAGUAAAUGCAGCCUGGCAGCGGCUGAAAGGGCUGGCUCUUCAGAGACAAGGGAAGCUUUUUGGGGCAGCUGAGGUUCAGCGGUUUAACAGGGAUGUGGAUGAGACUAUCGGCUGGAUUAAGGAAAAGGAGCAGUUAAUGGCCUCUGAUGAUUUUGGCCGAGACUUGGCAAGUGUUCAGGCUCUGCUUCGGAAGCACGAGGGUUUGGAGAGAGAUCUUGCUGCUUUAGAGGACAAGGUCAAAGCCUUGUGUGCUGAGGCUGACCGCCUGCAGCAGUCCCACCCUCUGAGCGCCACUCAGAUUCAAGUGAAGCGAGAGGAACUGAUUACAAACUGGGAACAGAUCCGCACUCUGGCAGCGGAGAGACAUGCACGUCUCAAUGAUUCAUACAGGCUUCAACGCUUCCUUGCUGACUUCCGUGAUCUCACCAGCUGGGUCACCGAGAUGAAAGCCCUCAUAAAUGCAGAUGAGCUUGCCAAUGACGUGGCUGGGGCUGAAGCCCUGCUGGAUAGGCAUCAAGAGCACAAGGGUGAAAUUGAUGCUCAUGAAGAUAGCUUUAAAUCUGCAGAUGAAUCUGGUCAGGCCCUGCUUGCUGCUGGUCAUUACGCCUCAGAUGAAGUGAGGGAGAAGCUGACAAUCCUUUCUGACGAGAGAGCCGCCCUGCUGGAGCUAUGGGAGCUGCGCAGGCAGCAGUACGAGCAGUGCAUGGACCUGCAGCUCUUCUACCGAGACACCGAGCAGGUCGACAACUGGAUGAGCAAACAAGAGGCAUUCCUGUUAAAUGAAGACCUGGGAGAUUCCUUGGAUAGUGUGGAAGCACUUCUCAAGAAGCAUGAGGACUUUGAGAAGUCCCUCAGUGCCCAGGAGGAAAAGAUUACAGCAUUGGAUGAAUUUGCAACCAAGCUAAUUCAGAACAACCACUAUGCGAUGGAAGAUGUGGCUACUCGCCGAGAUGCUCUGUUGAGCCGCCGCAAUGCCCUUCAUGAGAGAGCCAUGUAUCGCCGAGCCCAGCUGGCUGAUUCAUUCCACUUACAGCAGUUUUUCCGUGAUUCUGAUGAGCUCAAGAGUUGGGUCAAUGAGAAGAUGAAGACUGCCACAGAUGAAGCAUAUAAGGACCCAUCCAACCUACAAGGAAAAGUACAGAAGCAUCAGGCUUUUGAGGCUGAGCUCUCAGCAAACCAGAGCCGCAUUGAUGCCUUGGAGAAAGCAGGGCAAAAGCUGAUUGAUGUCAACCACUAUGCAAAGGAUGAAGUAGCAGCUCGUAUGAAUGAGGUCAUCAGUCUGUGGAAGAAACUGCUAGAGGCCACUGAACUGAAAGGAAUAAAGCUUCGUGAAGCCAACCAGCAGCAGCAGUUUAAUCGCAAUGUCGAGGAUAUUGAGUUGUGGCUGUAUGAAGUAGAAGGACACUUGGCCUCGGAUGAUUAUGGCAAAGAUCUUACCAAUGUCCAGAACCUCCAGAAGAAACAUGCCUUGCUAGAGGCAGAUGUGGCUGCUCACCAGGAUCGAAUUGAUGGCAUCACCAUUCAGGCCCGCCAGUUCCAAGAUGCUGGCCAUUUUGAUGCUGAAAACAUCAAGAAGAAGCAGGAAGCCCUUGUCGCUCGCUAUGAGGCUCUCAAGGAACCCAUGAUAGCCCGAAAGCAGAAGCUGGCUGAUUCUCUGCGUUUGCAACAGCUCUUCCGUGAUGUUGAGGAUGAGGAGACAUGGAUUCGAGAAAAAGAACCCAUUGCUGCAUCCACCAACAGAGGCAAGGAUUUGAUUGGAGUCCAAAAUCUACUAAAGAAACACCAGGCCCUACAAGCAGAAAUUGCUGGACAUGAGCCUCGCAUCAAGGCAGUUACACAGAAGGGGAAUGCCAUGGUGGAGGAAGGCCAUUUUGCUGCAGAGGAUGUGAAGGCCAAACUUAAUGAACUGAACCAGAAGUGGGAGUCACUGAAAUCCAAAGCCUCCCAGCGUCGGCAGGACCUUGAGGACUCGCUGCAGGCCCAGCAGUACUUUGCCGAUGCCAACGAAGCUGAAUCCUGGAUGCGGGAGAAGGAGCCCAUCGUGGGCAGCACCGACUAUGGGAAGGACGAGGACUCUGCCGAGGCUCUGCUAAAGAAACACGAAGCUUUGAUGUCAGAUCUCAGCGCCUAUGGCAGCAGCAUUCAUGCUUUGCGAGAGCAAGCUCAAUCGUGCCGGCAACAAGUGGCCCCUAUGGAUGAUGAGACUGGGAAGGAGUUGGUCUUGGCUCUCUAUGACUAUCAGGAGAAGAGUCCUCGAGAGGUCACCAUGAAAAAAGGAGAUAUUCUCACCUUACUCAACAGCACCAACAAGGACUGGUGGAAAGUGGAAGUGAAUGAUCGGCAGGGUUUCGUGCCAGCUGCAUAUGUGAAGAAAUUGGACCCCGCCCAGUCAGCAUCCCGGGAGAACCUCCUGGAGGAGCAGGGCAGCAUAGCGCUGCGGCAGGAGCAAAUUGACAAUCAGACACGCAUAACUAAGGAGGCCGGCAGUGUAUCUCUGCGUAUGAAACAGGUGGAAGAACUAUAUCAUUCUCUGCUGGAACUGGGUGAGAAGCGUAAAGGCAUGUUGGAGAAAAGUUGCAAGAAGUUUAUGUUGUUCCGUGAAGCAAAUGAACUCCAGCAGUGGAUCAACGAGAAGGAAGCUGCUCUGACGAGUGAGGAGGUCGGCGCAGACUUGGAGCAGGUUGAGGUGCUACAGAAGAAGUUUGAUGACUUCCAGAAGGAUCUGAAGGCCAAUGAGUCACGGUUGAAGGACAUUAACAAGGUGGCUGAAGACCUGGAGUCUGAAGGCCUAAUGGCAGAGGAGGUGCAGGCAGUACAGCAGCAGGAGGUGUAUGGCAUGAUGCCCAAGGAUGAAACUGAAUCCAAGACAGCCUCCCCAUGGAAGUCUGCUCGCCUGAUGGUUCACACCGUGGCCACCUUUAAUUCUAUCAAGGAGCUGAACGAGCGUUGGCGGUCCCUGCAGCAGCUGGCUGAGGAGCGGAGCCAGCUCUUGGGCAGUGCCCAUGAGGUGCAGAGGUUCCACAGAGAUGCCGAUGAAACGAAAGAAUGGAUUGAAGAGAAGAAUCAGGCUCUAAACACAGACAAUUAUGGCCACGAUCUGGCCAGUGUUCAAGCUUUGCAGCGUAAGCAUGAGGGCUUUGAGAGAGACCUUGCUGCUCUCGGCGACAAGGUAAAUUCCCUUGGUGAAACAGCAGAGCGCCUGAUCCAGUCCCAUCCUGAGUCAGCAGAAGACCUACAGGAAAAAUGCACCGAGUUAAACCAGGCCUGGAACAGCCUGGGAAAACGUGCCGAUGAACGCAAGGCCAAGCUGGGCGACUCCCAUGACCUGCAGCGCUUCCUUAGCGAUUUCCGGGACCUUAUGUCUUGGAUCAAUGGAAUACGGGGAUUGGUAUCCUCAGAUGAGCUAGCCAAGGAUGUCACUGGAGCUGAAGCUUUGCUGGAGCGACACCAGGAACACCGGACAGAAAUUGAUGCCAGGGCUGGCACUUUCCAGGCAUUUGAGCAGUUUGGGCAGCAGCUGUUGGCUCAUGGGCACUAUGCCAGCCCAGAGAUCAAGGAGAAACUAGAUAUUCUAGAUCAGGAGCGCACAGAUCUGGAGAAGGCCUGGUUUCAGCGCAGAAUGAUGUUGGAUCAGUGCCUUGAACUUCAGCUGUUUCAUAGGGAUUGUGAGCAAGCCGAGAACUGGAUGGCUGCCCGAGAGGCCUUCCUGAAUACAGAAGACAAAGGAGACUCGCUUGACAGUGUGGAGGCUCUGAUCAAAAAACAUGAAGACUUUGACAAAGCAAUUAAUGUCCAGGAAGAGAAGAUUGCCGCUCUGCAGUCCUUUGCUGACCAGCUCAUCUCUGCCGGCCACUAUGCUAAAGAAGACAUUUCUAGCCGCCGUAAUGAGGUUUUGGACAGGUGGCGACGUCUAAAAGCCCAAAUGAUUGAGAAAAGGUCAAAGCUAGGAGAGUCUCAAACCCUCCAGCAGUUUAGCCGAGAUGUGGAUGAGAUCGAGGCUUGGAUCAGUGAGAAAUUACAGACGGCAAGUGAUGAGUCCUACAAGGAUCCCACCAACAUCCAGCUUUCCAAGCUGCUGAGCAAGCACCAGAAGCACCAGGCCUUCGAAGCAGAGCUGCACGCCAAUGCUGACCGGAUCCGUGGGGUCAUCGACAUGGGUAACUCCCUCAUUGAGCGUGGGGCCUGUGCUGGCAGCGAAGAUGCUGUCAAGGCCCGCCUGGCUGCCCUAGCUGACCAGUGGCAAUUCCUGGUGCAGAAGUCAGCUGAAAAGAGCCAGAAAUUGAAGGAAGCCAACAAGCAGCAGAACUUCAACACUGGAAUCAAGGACUUUGACUUCUGGCUUUCUGAGGUGGAGGCCCUUCUGGCAUCUGAAGAUUACGGCAAAGACCUGGCUUCUGUGAACAACCUGCUGAAGAAACAUCAGCUGCUGGAGGCAGACAUCUCUGCCCAUGAGGAUCGCCUGAAGGACCUGAACAGCCAAGCAGACAGUCUGAUGACCAGCAGUGCUUUCGACACCUCCCAAGUAAAGGACAAGCGGGACACCAUCAACGGUCGCUUCCAGAAGAUCAAGAGCAUGGCAGCUUCCCGGCGAGCCAAGCUGAACGAGUCCCACCGCCUGCACCAGUUCUUCCGGGACAUGGAUGAUGAGGAAUCCUGGAUCAAGGAGAAGAAGCUGCUGGUGAGUUCCGAGGACUAUGGCCGAGACCUAACAGGUGUUCAGAACCUGAGGAAGAAGCACAAACGGCUGGAGGCGGAACUGGCUGCUCAUGAGCCAGCAAUUCAGGGUGUCCUGGACACUGGAAAGAAGUUGUCUGAUGAUAACACUAUUGGGAAGGAGGAGAUUCAGCAGCGGCUGGCACAGUUUGUGGAGCAUUGGAAAGAGCUGAAGCAGCUGGCAGCAGCUCGGGGUCAGCGGCUAGACGAGUCCUUGGAAUAUCAGCAGUUUGUAGCCAAUGUGGAAGAGGAAGAAGCCUGGAUCAAUGAGAAAAUGACCCUGGUGGCCAGUGAAGAUUACGGGGACACUCUUGCUGCUAUCCAGGGCCUGCUGAAGAAACAUGAAGCUUUUGAGACGGACUUCACUGUCCAUAAGGAUCGCGUGAAUGAUGUCUGCACUAACGGACAAGACCUCAUUAAGAAGAACAAUCACCACGAGGAGAACAUCUCUUCAAAGAUGAAGGGCUUAAAUGGGAAAGUAUCUGACCUGGAGAAAGCUGCAGCCCAAAGGAAGGCAAAACUUGAUGAGAACUCUGCCUUCCUUCAGUUCAAUUGGAAGGCUGACGUGGUGGAGUCCUGGAUUGGCGAAAAGGAGAACAGCUUGAAGACAGAUGACUAUGGCCGAGAUCUGUCUUCUGUCCAGACUCUUCUUACCAAACAAGAAACGUUUGAUGCUGGCCUGCAGGCCUUCCAGCAAGAAGGUAUUGCCAACAUCACUGCCCUCAAAGAUCAGCUGCUGGCCGCCAAGCACAUUCAGUCAAAGGCCAUCGAGGCCCGGCAUGCCUCCCUCAUGAAAAGGUGGAGCCAGCUUCUGGCCAACUCAGCCACACGGAAGAAGAAACUGCUGGAGGCUCAGAGUCAUUUCCGCAAGGUGGAGGACCUCUUCCUGACCUUUGCCAAAAAGGCUUCUGCCUUCAACAGCUGGUUUGAAAAUGCAGAGGAAGAUUUAACAGACCCAGUGCGCUGCAACUCCCUGGAAGAAAUCAAAGCCUUGCGUGAGGCCCAUGACGCCUUCCGCUCCUCCCUCAGCUCAGCCCAAGCCGACUUCAACCAGCUGGCUGAGCUGGACCGCCAGAUCAAGAGCUUCCGCGUGGCCUCCAACCCCUACACCUGGUUUACCAUGGAGGCCUUGGAGGAGACCUGGAGGAACCUGCAGAAAAUCAUCAAGGAAAGGGAGCUGGAGCUGCAGAAGGAGCAGCGCCGGCAAGAGGAGAAUGACAAGCUGCGCCAGGAGUUUGCCCAGCAUGCCAACGCCUUCCACCAGUGGAUCCAAGAGACCAGAACGUAUCUCCUCGAUGGGUCCUGCAUGGUGGAAGAGUCAGGGACCCUCGAAUCCCAGCUUGAAGCUACCAAACGCAAACACCAGGAGAUUCGAGCCAUGAGGAGUCAGCUCAAGAAGAUUGAGGACCUGGGGGCCGCCAUGGAGGAAGCACUUAUCCUGGACAACAAGUACACGGAGCACAGCACCGUGGGCCUGGCCCAGCAGUGGGACCAGCUGGACCAGCUGGGCAUGCGCAUGCAGCACAACCUGGAGCAGCAGAUCCAGGCCAGGAACACAACAGGUGUGACCGAGGAGGCCCUCAAGGAGUUCAGCAUGAUGUUUAAACACUUUGACAAGGACAAGUCUGGUAGGCUGAACCAUCAGGAGUUCAAAUCCUGCCUGCGCUCCCUGGGCUAUGACCUGCCCAUGGUGGAGGAAGGGGAACCCGAUCCUGAGUUUGAAGCAAUCCUAGACACCGUGGAUCCAAACAGGGAUGGCCAUGUUUCCCUGCAAGAAUACAUGGCUUUCAUGAUCAGCCGGGAAACUGAGAAUGUCAAGUCCAGCGAGGAAAUCGAGAGCGCCUUCCGUGCCCUCAGCUCAGAGGGAAAGCCGUAUGUGACCAAGGAGGAGUUAUACCAGAACCUGACUCGGGAACAAGCGGACUACUGCGUCUCCCACAUGAAGCCCUACGUGGAUGGCAAGGGCCGCGAGCUCCCCACAGCCUUCGACUACAUUGAGUUCACCCGCUCACUCUUUGUGAAUUGA